UGUAGGCUCCCAGGGAGUCGUGAAGGUGAUCCCGCUUGGCACCAUCGCUAGCGACGUUCAAUUCCAGAGCUCGAGCCACGUCCCAGCUUCUCCAACAACGCGUCGUCAUGGAGCUGCGAGCAAUACGAUACACAUGCCCAGGUAAUCAAUGAGCUAACACCGACCCCAAGAGUAAUCUUCAAUCGCAAUCAUGGAUAUCGUACAAGCCGUCUCCGGCUACGUCACCAAGAUGGUGUCUGCUGGAGACAGCGCAGCGACAGGCACCUCCGCGGCAAAGAUGAAGAUCCUCCUGCUCGACGAUGAGACUGUCUCGAUAAUAUCCACCGCAACGACACAAUCCGCCCUCUUGAGCCAUGAGGUCUACCUCACAGAUCAACUGGACAAUCAGAAAAGAGAGAAGAUGCGCCAUCUUCGUUGUCUGUGCUUCGUGCGCCCGUCUCCGGAAUCGAUACAAAGCUUGAUCGAGGAGCUGCGGGAGCCCAAGUAUGGCGAAUAUAACAUUUACUUUAGCAACAUCAUUAAGAAGUCGUCACUCGAGCGGUUAGCGGAAGCCGACGAUCACGAAGUCGUACGCGCAGUCCAGGAGUAUUUCGCCGACUUCCUCGUUAUAAAUCCAGACCUCAUGUCGCUCAACCUCGCCUUCCCAGAUCGCAGAAUAUGGAGUACCAGCCCGGACUCGUGGAAUCAAGAUUCACUACAGAGGUCGACCGAGGCUGUCAUGGCGUUGCUUCUGGCACUCAAGAAGAAGCCUUUAAUUCGCUAUCAGAAGAACAGCCUCUUGGUGAAAAAGCUGGCAACCGAAGUCCGAUAUAAUAUGACCCAAGAAGACCAAUUGUUUGAUUUUCGGAAAACAGACACCCCCCCUAUUCUCUUGAUUGUCGACCGAAGAGAUGACCCAGUCACACCCCUGUUAACACAAUGGACUUACCAAGCUAUGGUUCAUGAGCUUCUUGGAAUAAACAAAGGAAGGGUAGAUCUACGCGACGUGCCUGACAUCCGACCUGAGCUAAAGGAGAUUGUUCUUUCACCAGAUCAGGAUCCCUUCUUCAAAAAGAACAUGUACCUCAAUUUCGGCGAUUUAGGUCAGAACGCGAAAGAGUAUGUGGAGCAGUUCGCAUCCAAGCAGCAAGGAUCGCAGAAGCUCGAUUCGAUAGCAGAUAUGAAGCGCUUCAUCGAGGACUUUCCCGAAUUCCGCAAGCUCUCCGGUAAUGUCACUAAGCACGUCACGCUAGUCGGUGAGCUGAGUCGAAGGGUUGGGGAAGAGACCCUCCUGGACAUCAGCGAACUAGAGCAGAGCCUGGCCUGUACAGACAACCACUCCAACGACGUGAAGGUAUUACAGAAGAUCAUUCAAGACCCGAAAGUCCCGGCCAACAACAAGCUCCGACUCGUUGCCAUCUACGCACUGCGUUACUCCAAGACUUCGUCAAACUCGACCGCUAUGCUCCUUGACCUACUCAGCGUCUCCGGUGGUCUGUCGAGAAAUCGUAUAAACCUCAUCACGAAGCUUCUAACCUACCACGAUUCGCUGCAAGCCAUUACCGCGGCAGGUGGAGUUCCCGAGUUGUUCCAGCCAGGCUCGUUCUUUGGCGGUGCACGAGAUCGCUUAAAGGGCCUCAAGGGCGUUGAAAAUGUUUACACACAGCAUUCUCCACGUCUGGAAACUACAUUGCAGGACAUGAUUAAGGGCAGGUUGAGUCAACAGUUGUAUCCGUUUGUGGACGGCGGUGGUUCGACGAAAGACAAGCCUCAAGACAUUAUUGUUUUCAUGGUCGGCGGAACGACAUACGAAGAAUCCAAGAUGGUCGCUCAGGUCAAUGCAAGUUCGCCUGGCAUUCGCGUCGUGCUCGGUGGCACGACGGUGCAUAAUAGCACCUCAUUCUUGGAAGAGGUCGAAGAUGCUGUUGACUCCUGGCCGGAGCCUCCCGCGACAUCAGCUGCAACUCGGUUGAAACGGGAAGUAGGAAGGUAGACAUGGAUAGCUUCUCUGUUGGGGCCUAUCAAGACGGGUGGUCUUUGUUCUGGCAUACCUUGCUUUUCUUGGGCGAGUGAUUGAGAGUUCCCACACGGUGCAUGGAUUGGGGUUCGGGGUGUUAGGCGUUCAGCUUUCCGGGUAGCAGCCCACAGUCAGCGAUGAGAUCAUCGCAUAUUGGAUAACAUGGCUAUAUGUGAAUCAACAAAAUGCCUCACGUAACGACGUGAAUCUACUUUUGCGCAAACUGAGCACAAGCGG